UCCCCCGUCGGCGGCGCGGCGCGGGGCGGGCGGCGCUCCCCGCCAGCGCAGCGGCAUGAAGGAGCCGUCGCUGCCCGGCACCUCGCUGCAGCGGGCCUGCCGCCUCCUCGUCGCCUUCUGCGCCCUCCACCUCUCGGCCACGCUGCUCUACUACCUGGCGGGCAGCGCGCUGGGGCCGCCGGGCAGCCCCGAGCCGCCGCCGCGCCGCCCGCCGCCCGCCAACCUCUCGGUGCUGCUCUCCCGCCCGCCGCCCGCCGCCCGGGCCCGGCCCCCGCCCGCCGAGCCGCCGCCGCCGCCGGGCCCCUGCCCCGAGCCCUCCCCGCUGCUCGUUGGUGCACUACGUGUGGAGUUUUCCCAGCCUGUAAACCUGGAAGAAGUGGCAAGAAUGAACCCAAUGGUCAAAGCAGGAGGUCGUUUUGCUCCGAAGGACUGCAUAGCACUUCAGAAAGUGGCAAUAAUCAUACCGUUCAGGAACCGAGAGGAGCACCUGAAGUACUGGCUCUAUUACCUCCACCCAAUUCUCCAAAGGCAGCAACUAGAUUAUGGAAUAUAUGUUAUCAACCAGGAUGGAGAAGAAGAAUUUAACCGUGCUAAACUGCUGAAUAUUGGAUUUGCAGAGGCCUUGAAGGAGUAUGACUAUGAUUGCUUUGUGUUUAGUGAUGUAGACCUCAUUCCGAUGGAUGACAGGAACACCUACAAAUGUUACAGCCAGCCACGACACCUCUCUGUAUCCAUGGAUAAAUUUGGAUUUCGGUUGCCUUACAAUCAGUAUUUUGGAGGCGUGUCUGCCCUGAGCAAAGAGCAGUUCACAAAGAUCAAUGGGUUCCCAAACAAUUACUGGGGCUGGGGUGGUGAAGAUGAUGACAUUUACAACAGGCUGGUGUUUAAAGGCAUGGGGAUAUCCCGUCCGGAUGCGGUCAUUGGGAAGUGCAGAAUGAUCCGGCAUUCCCGGGACAGGAAGAAUGAACCCAACCCUGAGAGGUUUGACCGAAUUGCUCACACACGGGAGACAAUGAAUUCUGAUGGCUUAAAUACACUAUCCUACAAGGUGUUAAGAACUGACAAGUACCCUCUGUAUACAAAGAUCACAGUGGAUAUUGGCUCCCCCAAUAGCUAACAUCAGAGACACAACAGAGACUUGCCUAUAUUGCCCAGGAUAUCUGGUCUCACUGAUGCAUUAUAUGUGCUGGUUUUAUAAUAGUUGCAAUGAACCAAAAAAAAAAAAAAAAGCAAAAAAAAAAGCCUCUUUUGGCAUGCCAAAGUGUCUCCAAAUUGUUUGGACAAGUGCUUUUUAAAUUUUUUUUUUUAAUUUCAAACUUGACUUUACACAACUUUCUAGCUCUCCGUCGUUUUGUAAGUCCAGAAGCUGUACAUAUGAGUUGUAAAUAGUUACUUUGCCAGAAAAUUUGAAUCUGAUCUAUUUGCUGCAGUAUUCCCCAUAUUGCGUUGAUUGCUCAAAUUUUUCUGAUUAUGGCUGUGAUGUAUCAACAGUUGCUGCCCUUGAUAUUUGGUAUUUUGAAUGAGGUGCAUGCAGGCAUUCUUUUAAAUUCAUUCCUGGUUUUACUUUAUGAAGGACUGAAAAAUGCUGCUAAAAUUGUCCAAGUUUACGCUUUGCAUUAGAUUUUUUUUGAUGGAGACAGCAUAAUACAACUUUAUUCUCAUAGUGACCAAAACAAACAUCUCCUCUAUGUGCAGAGCAGGUGUUGAACAAUCAAGUCUGGAUUCAAUGAAUGUCAUUAUUUCAUUUAGUCUCAAAGGAGGCUUUGAGUGAGUUGAGACAGUUUGCCAGAAUUUGUGGGUAAGCUCCUUGCAUAGGGUGGGAGCUGCACAUAUGACUUCUCUAAAAACAGCUGGCUUCAGAUAACCUUAUUUCAGGAUAGGAUAGAGAUUAUUUGCUUCAGCACAACACCACCUGGGAUUUUUUUGUGGGGUGGAGGAGUUCAGAGAGGAGUGGGUUUGUGGUGUUUGUUUGGGUUUUUUCCCCCCCCAUUAAAUAAAGAUUAAUUUAAUUCCAGAAUUAAAUUAUGGCCUUAAAAUUUGCUAACACUUGUUAGCAGCGGUAGGGAGUUACCACGCUAUUUAAGCAUUGUCUGAAGCUUCCUGAAACCAAAAUUUUCUCUUGCAAGGUUGUGCAUAAAACUUGAAAUAUUUUAAUACUUUUGUUGUUGUUGUAACAUUUUAAUAACUUUUAAAGGUAAUUUGUGUAUCAUAAGCAGUAUAUUUAAUACCAGAUUAAAGUAGGGUGCAGCAUAAUAGGAUAUGAUUCAAAGCCUCCUUUAUCUUUAGACUAGUGGGCCUUUUAUGUGCGUCAUCAUAUAUAAGCCAUGUAUUUUGUUUGUUCUGCCUAUUUGUCUAUUAAAUCUCCUGCAGUGCUGAGAUAUUCACAGCAGGGCCGACAUCCAAAUGAUUUUUCUUUGCCUAAAGACUGUUUGCAAUGUGUGUCCUCUAUCUGGAACCUCUCUUCUGAUUGUCUCAGGCUUGAGGGACAUGCACAUUCUGCAGUACCAUUUUCUGUCAGUGCACCAGGGCACCUCCUGUACAGACCCUGCUUUUCCUCCCCUUGACUGUGUAUGAAAGCCUCAAGCGCUGACACCCAGGGAGCUGGUUUAAGUGAUUUAAAGCUCUUAUCCAGAACUGAGAACUGAAUUCUUUCUGGUGAGUACUUUGCCACCAGCUCUGACCACAGCAAUUUGCACUUCCUUGGCCUGUGCUGAAGUUUGUUAAAAUCAGGGACACUUGUAUUGGGGAUCAUCUUCAGCACUGCCUUUUUUUUUUUUUUUUUUUUUUUUUUUUCCUCCCCCCUUUUUCCUCUUAUUUGGUUUAGCUUGGUUUUUUGUUACAUUUUUUGAGACCUGAAGGUUUUGCUGAACCCUUGCACUGCAGGGGUGGGAUCCUGCAGGGACCGGGGAACUGUGCAUUUCUUUUUAGGCCAGCAGCGGCUGACAAGACACAUAGAGACUUUAAUUACGAGAUGCCUUUUCAGUCUCACUUUGGAAAUGUCUUCACCUCCUUUGGUUCAAAGCUCUUUCUGGCUAGACUUGCUGCUCCAGUCAUGAUGGGAGCUGAGGAAAGAUAGAGCUUGCAUGGAGCAGGAGCAAAGUGCAAGGAAGGAGGCUUGUGGUUAAGAGCUUAUCCUUUGUGCUUAUCAUUGCAUUAAAAAAAAAAAAUACAAUACAGUAGUCCUUAUAACAGAUCAGGCUCCAGAUCUUAAAGAUGCAUGUAAAAGAUGUGUGUUUCAUAAAAUGCAGGUCAAAUGUCUCUGGUAAAACAUUGGCAAGGGUGUAGUUUGUAAUGGAGACACAGGAGAGGACUAUUUUUAAUAUUUUUUUUCAAAGCUGCCUUAGAAGGAGGGCCUCACUCCCACAGCUAGGAGCAGAUAACCAAAAAUUAUUAAGGCUGCACUUGAAAAUGCCAUGUCUUUGCAGAGAGCAUCUCAGUUUUUUGCUGAGCCUUUUGUUAUUAGUAAAGAUUCAAGCCAAAGAUUAUUCGAGCCAAGUGGAAGAGUUGGACCUUCAGCUGUAGUGGUGUCUGCUACCAGGCAAGUGGGGGAGACUCUGGCAGCAUUCCUUGCAGUGAGAUUCUUUGGUGGUUAGAAAAAAAGUUAUUGCAACAACUCAUUGUUUGGCUGUAUGGAGAAAUUAUUCAAUGUCGUGGAGGUGGGAUGAGCGCUUGUUUCUGGCUGUUGAGAUCAAAGGUUUCUACAACAUGUGCCUUGUGAGGGAAGAAAUGGAAACUGGAAAAUCAGGAAACCUGAAAACCCUUUUCAACAGAGAGAUACGAGCAGUGCAAGAAGCUGCUGCAUAGUUUCUCUUCCACUGCUAAAGCCACAAACCAUUUAAAGAACUGAAGCCACCUUCUGUAGCUUGUGUUGCCCUUUGGUGCUGACCUGUGAUUUCUAGAUUUCAUUGUCUCUGUGUAAACUGUAUCAGUGAAACUCAUUAAAUGCUCUUGACUUGACCUGGCCAUGAAAUUUCUCUCCCUGGGAUUUUCAGGUGCCACAUCUCCAAAUACUCAUGUUGCACAGAAGCCAAUUCCAACUGAGUCCUGUGGUGGGUGGUGUUUCUUCCUCUCCCCUACUGGUGAAAACACUCAAAGUGAUACUGAUUGUAACCAAUGGUUGAAACCUGGAAAAAACAGCUUCAAAGGAAACGCUAAUGCUUGGAUUCUUUGGGAUGACUGACUGCUUGUUAGCAUGAGGAAGGGUUUUGAUAUGCUGCUUUUCCCCAGGACUCUACUUGUAUACUGGACUGCUUUUACUGGGGUUUCCUGUAGAUGGUUUUGCUUCGCAUUCUUACCAUUUAUAUAUCGAGGGAUGUAUAAUCCAAUGUUUCUUCUUUACUAUUGAUCUCAAAUAAAAAUAUUUUCAGUUAUA